CUUAAACUCUUCAACAUGUGUGCUAUAUUUGAGUGAUCAUGGAAAAGGUCGACGGACUUUCUUCAGGGCAAAGAAAUGUUUGCAAGAGAACAGUAAGUGAAGCGACGCGCUUUCGCUGUAUUCCGUUGAAUCUUAGGGCUUCUUAACACGGAUAACUUCAUCAACUUCUGUGAUAAGCCAAAUUCGGAUAGAAAUACACAUGCAAACAAAUCGAAGAAAGUACAUUUUUGAACGGAUCAGUGCAUGAACUUCAACGAGGGACCAAUUUGCUCGGUUCAGUGAGUUGUCUGUCUACGGUCUUCCAAGCGUGAAGCGUUCGUAAAAUUAACUAAAAUCGUCGAAACUGAUUUAGUUGAACACCUCAGUAUUACGAACAACUGAGCUACAGAGUAUCUCUUAUCAAAACAUAAGCUCUUGGGUUACUGUACUCUUUGUUUUAAGUUUUGCCUCUUCGUUGCGUUCAUUGAGUUCAUUGUUUUAUCAUUAAGUCCAUGAUGAUUGCAUUCGCCCACGCGAUAGUCUCACCCUUCAUGACUUAAGCAGAGCUGUCGAUUCUUUUUUUUUUUUUUUUAUUUGAUGUCUGAAGAUCGUGAUAAAGCUGCUUAAACGACUAGAAAUGAUAUGUCUUCAUUGCGUUUAUCAAGUUCCUUUCAUGUUUUAUCAUGAUCUCUAUGGUAACUGUAAUCGCAUCCGCGGUAGUCUCAAACUUCAGAGCAUAUUAAAUGCGUAAGCAGAGCUCUCUAUUUUCUUUUUUUUUCCCCUCGAUAUUUGAUGAUUGUGAUAAAGCUGCUUAACAGACGGGAAAUGAUAUGUGCGCACCAUUAUGAACGAUUUAAUGGCGAAAAUAAAUGUGACUGAAAACAUAAGAUCUCAAAAGUUCAGAACGAGGAAGUAUAAGUUUCAAACUAAAGGUAGGAUCGAGUACUCGCGCACGAACUCUGGAAAACAAACUGUCAUCUUGAUGUCAGCAUGAGCUUCUUAGAUUAAACAGCUAUGUGCAUUCCACGCAACAUGAGGAAGCAUAUUUUCUAUAUUUACCGUUUAUUGAAACCAAGUUGUCAGCCGGAUUUUUCUUUACAUUCGAAACUGUAAACGCCACAUCUGGUUUAUCGGUUUCUUUCUGGAAUUCCAUUCCACAUCAGUAACGUAAUUGCUUAUUUUACAAACAAAAGUUUUGAAAAUUGAUUGAAAACAAAGAUGCUUGUAUGCUAGACACAAUUAUAGACACUCGACAAGUUUUUAGUUCUAAGUCGUGCAUGGAUAAUUUUCACUGGCAGACUGUUCGUGCCACGACCGGUGAGAAUUUUCUUGUCAGACCGUUCCAAAAUAUGGUUGGACGUUUUCACAUCAAUUUCUCUUUAUCGUCCCUCAAUAUAACUGUUUUGACAAAUCAUCCAACUUGGUAACAGGAUGCCACUUAUAAACGAAAGUUUCUUUUUGGUUUCGUUUCUCGAGUGAGGAGCAGCAGGUCAAAAGACCAUUUCCAUAAAUUAUUUGGUUUCCAAUAAUCCUCCCUCUCGUAAAAGCGGGACAGUCGAUCGCGCAACAAAAAGAAAUACAUAAAGUAAGAAAUAAUGAACAAAUGAAUGAAAGCGAAAAAUAAAUGAAAGAAACCACCCAAUUGAUUGAGUUCAGGGUAGCCUGGCUGCAAAGGGAAAAGACCUGGAUACAGGUGAGCGUACAAAGGAAAUUCCUUUAAAGAUUCCUAUCGAAAACGAAGUCUUGAUUACAUGCUUCCACAUCAAUUAAAGAAUCUGAACUAACGUUAGCAAAAAAAUUUGCUCACGAGAUGGCAUUUCUGGAUAUUUCGUUAUUUAAUUUUAUUUUAAACUGAGGAUGGCCAAACGUAUGGAAAAGGACCUUGGCUUUUGGGUUAACGCACUCCCAGAUCCCAUUAGUAAUUCUCCCUACUGUCUGUCAUGCAAUUGGGAGAAUUUGAUAUUGGAUCAAUUUAUAAGACCCAAAUUGAAAAUUUUCUUUAUUCUCAUCACUUGUCUUCUUGAUAUUGUAUUAAUAUUGAAGGGAGAAAUUCUUUCUCGGUCGCUAAUGGGAGUUUUGGAAGGGUUAAGUCUAUGCUAUCGCCCUGCUCGUUUUUCUAAAAAAAUCAAUUCGCAAGAUUGAAAGAGACAAGAGGAACAUAUUGUGAUAUGCUCAAAUUUAACACUUGCGAUCCACGAAAAUAAACCCUCGACCUAAAGGUUCACCCGCGACUCACACCAAUUUAUCCUAUCUAUUUUGUAACAUAAAUUCAGUGAUGGAAACAGACACGGUUUCGGUGGAGCCACGUUGGAAACGUGACUUGGAGUUACUUUGUAAAGCCCCGAGAGUGGCGAGCAACUUUAUCACCUCAUCUCUAGAAAAAUGUUUUUAUAGGUGAGUGACUUCAAUUUUACUUUCAAUCACAGGAACUGGGAUCACCAGGCAUGGGUGGGAUAUAAUAGUACUCAGAGUGAAAUAGAACAAUAGAGUUUAAAUAUGUUUUGGGCCCGACUCAGACUCACUUUAGCCUGAGCCGCAAGGCGAGGGUUAAAAUGAGUCUGAGUUGGGCCCAAACCGCACUGAGUCAUAUUUAAACUUUGACCCACGGUAUGGGCGUAAUCUUUUUUCCCUGGUAAUCUGGCAUUAUGACAUAAGCGUAUCAUCAAAACUAUUUAUACGGGCUGGCUGAAAAGUCGUGAUUCUAACCGAUCAUUGCAGAUGAUUAGAUCGUUUAAGUUCAAGAUGUCCAUUUGUGCGGAGCACUUUACAUAAUCCGACUUCCCUAGCCAGGGGUGCUGGUUGUGCAAUUUAACGUCUUACCAGACUUGACAUGUUCAAAUGAACUCGAUAGUCGUACUUGUUGAUGUGUUAUGCGCGAUAUAUGAUAUGUGAUAUGUGCUUGCAUAUUCAGAUUGGGGAAAGUAGUCGGCGGCAGUCCAUGGAUCACCAUUUUUAUUUCAUUAGCUACUUGCGGAGUGUGCCUCUUAGGGGUUCUCAAAUUUACAAAGGAGAAUAGAGUAGAUAAGCUUUGGACGCCACAAGAUUCGACCGUCCAAAGACACAAAUUAUGGAUACAAAAGAACUUCCCGGCACAGAUGAGAGUUUCUAGUGUGCUUCUUGUGGCCGAUGAUGUCCUUACCCCCGAGGUUAUGAAAGAGGUAAGUGAUCAGUCAUUGUCGACCACCGCAAAUUAGGCGGAGAAUUCCUCGACAGAAGAUGUCUGCACUGCCGCAGUCAUGGUGAAGUCAAAUGGCGUGGAUAAAUUUGAAUGUAUGAGAGGAUACAGUAAUCCUUUGAAUCUCCUCGAAGAAAGCUUUGUCGUACCUAUCAUAGAUAUAACCUGCGUAGCUGGCAAUUUUGUCUGCGCUAUGACGAUUAAGCGGUGAAACCACGAGAGGCUUGGGACGGAAGAUAGUUAUGUUCCCCUUCCGGCUUCACUACUCAUCUACCGUAAAGCCUACAAAAAACCUUCAGCCGCAUAAGACAUCAUAAAUAUUUUUAAAGUGCCACAAUUUUUUUUUUAAAUUUUAUUGCUUUUUUUUUUUACAGGCUUUAAUGGUCUAUGAGAGGGGAACAAAAAUUAAUCAAAAGACCAAAUAUUCCUGGGAGAAUAUAUGUUUCAGGUAGGUAGAAGAUACAAGAUGCAAGAUGUACGGUAAAAAUGCCGAACUUUUACCUUCUUGGAGGAUGGGGGGAGGGGGUGAGGGGGAGGCAUAAGGCAUCGUAGGGUUACCCCUUGGUAUUUCGUCGGGUUCUCCCCAGACACUGUGUGCCUGCCGCCAGUCUGAGGUCUUCCACCUCAGAUCAAAAACGUAAAGAAAAGACAAAUUUAACGGGGCACUGACAUUGUUUGAAAUGUUUCAGAAUUGGCCCGAUUUGUUUAAAAAGUGGUUUGUUGGAGCUCUGGUCUUUUGAUGAAGCUGUAAUAAACCGUCUCACAAGAGAAGACAUUUUGGAAAAGAUAAACCAAGAAGUUAUAAUAAGGUGAAUAUCAAACAUAUACAAGUAUUCAUCUCAUGCACAUCUUUAUUUCUAAAACGAUUGAGAAAGUUUUCAUUUGCCUUAAAGGUGACUGGGCCUGACUUUACCAAACUUGAUUUUAGACAAAGAAUUACGCCUUCUGCUGACCAAUACGUGAAAUGAGCAGAGUUCAAAUAUUUUUUACCAUAACUGUUAUUAUUGUUGUUAUUGUUUGGCUUAGCUUUUUCAGUUCAUGACACAAUUGCCUUUGGUUUUGCGUCAUUACGUGUAAAAAUUUGCUUAAAUGUUGUCCAUUUUAAGACAAUUACCCACGGAUGCUAAUUCUUAUCAUGGCUACGUUUAUUGAUUUACUCCCAAAAAUUCAACAUUAAAAACAUCGAUGGAAUUCACAAGUUCGUCGCUUAAGUAAGUUUCCGAACCUGUUUAUGAGUAAAGUUACGUACAUGUUUACCUUUCCAGCUUACUACAGGUACUAUAAAUAGCUACUGCCUAAAAAAAAAGGGUAGUAUAAACGCGUUACUAAGACACUCAUGAUCAUCUUCCAUCACUAAUCUCCUCGAGCUACGCUAUUUCAUCAUAGCAUUGCAGCACUAAAUAUUGUGCGAUCCAGAUAACAGAAAGUUGCACAACUUCGUUCAUGCUAAAUUAUUUUAAACAAUAAGCUUUGCAGCUACACAUAUCCUUGUAAAUUAAUUAUGAGAAUUUGGUGUUAGAUCAAGAUAACUUCUAUCUGAUAUGUUAGAAUAUUUUCAUUAGCUGUUUGCUGGAUAAUGUGAGGAUAUUAUAGGGAGAAGUUUCAUGUUGAUCACUUCUGAGAGUUAAAGGGUUAAGGAAAAAAUGUUCGAUAUAACUGACAAGGAUUAAUGCCAGUAUCUGAGUAACUACGCACUUACCCCUCCCCUAUCCCUAUAACAGUCAACUGAUUAAAAAGUUAGGGUUAAUGUUGGGUUAGGGGAGGGGUAGGUGCGCAGUUCACUUGUAUGACAAAAUCUAGUAACACUAAUCACACAAACUUCUCACUUGAACGAACAGAUAGCAGCCGAAAUUUUUAAAACUAUCCUCCCAACCCUCAAAAAAUUGAAAGUCAGUCCUUCCUCACACAGAGAUAUUAUAUCAAUCCAGUAGGACUGUGAACUAUUUUAUAUCCAUGCAGACUGUAACUGUGUCACUCUCACAUAGCAAAGCAAAACUUCCCAAUUAUGCAACUUCAGGGCCAAAGUCUUCAUACGGAGGGUCAUGCAUGGAGAUGUCGUUGUAGUAUGUAGUGCGCUGGCGCGAACGGUGGUGAUACUUCUCUCAGUAAAAAACGUUUGAGGCGCCGAGGAAACACGACACAGGCCACCACAAAACAUAGUAUAUUGACCUCCUACGAAAAGAAUAAUGAAAUAUCUUAUGAAUGGAAAAAGCAUACGCAGAUGCCUAUCACCAACUUAGUAACCACGUAAUAAAAAUUUGCAUUGCCAAACAACUAUGAAGUGACAGAUUUUCCAGAUUGACCGAAAUUAGAAAUAAAAUUUGUUCGAUUAAAAAAAGUUGAAGUAGUUUAAAAAUACAAGCAAGACUUAAAAGUAUCCAAGAGAGUAUAAUUUUUUUUCAUUAAGUAAAUAUGGGCUUGAACUGUCGUAAACCCAGGUGUGUAGUACGCAUCACUGAAGAAAUACCGUCAAAAUAAGAGCAACAUGAAUUUAUCAUGAUUGUACUUUAAAUAUUUCAUGAUACGUUCAGUAGAGGAAAACUUUGAUUUUGGAACGAAAUUCGGGAGGUACCCGGGGAAAAAAAUGAAGAGACUGUCGCUAUCGAUUAAAGAAGAAAUACGCCACAGUACGACGUCAAGCGAGAAAAUACUACAAAGAUCCAAAUUUACAAGAGAAUAUCUUCAUAUUUGAUAAAAUCAUCUUACAAGUUAACGUUUUAGCAUUGUACAUUAAUUCCACUGCACGUGGUUUCAAUGCUAUCAAUUUCAAAACUCACCCGGGUGAACUGUAGUCAAUUUAUAAACUAAACAGAAUGCCACAUAGGCAACUCCGGUAUGCACACUCAUCCUUACGAAAACGACUUCAAAGCGUUUUAUACUUCUUCGUAAAUGUUCGUUUCACUAAACAAUAGAAAAUAGCUUCGUACUUUGGUAACUUUUGACCAAAAGAGUCUCCAGUCACGCUAGACUGAGACGCCGGUGUACUAAUGAACGAAUGGGCGCGAUCUCAACGUUUUGAUGAUCCAGACAUGCUCACGCGCAUCAAUUGCGCGGGAAAAAGGAUGAUGCAAUAUGCCACUCACACCUUAUUCAAAUGUUGUGAGGGGGGUCGAACCGACCUCCUUUGCAAAAAUGGAUGCAUAUAAUUCCCUUUCCUCGAUGUUAAGUUUAAAAUUGGCGACUUUAUUUCCGAUCUUAGGGUUAUUUCUUUCUCCCUUUACUCUUACCUACUUUUUCCUUUUUUUUCUGCUACGCCUUGUGCAGCUGGAACAUUGGGAGAAAAGGAAGCAGAUUCCACUAGUCAUUUCAGAUUCGAUCCAAUACGCGUAUUUUAUGAAAAUUUCGGUUUUUAGCUAAUGUUUCUGUCACUCGUGAGGAUCUUUAGAAUCAUAUCGCAUAAGGUUGAUAGUCACUUCGUAUCACAGUGCAUUAAUUACGGCUCAGAAUCUCGCUGAGUCCUUAAUUAGUAUUGGUCGAUGAAUGGUCGGACUGAAAUAGAAUUCCACCUUACAUGCACGUCAUUUUACAAGCAAACUUCGUUAAAUUUCAACUAUUUACGUAUAACUACCUCCAGGCAUUUUCCCUUAGUCUAUGGCCGGCUGGUUCACAGCUGGAAUAAAACACAAGUUAGUCUCUGUUCUGCACAGAGCUUUUCAUUAUUUACCCCGGCCCUUUAGUGAACUAUGUAGCAUAUCGAAAGAACAUAAAGACAGAUUAACAUGUCACGAUAACUUGAUGAUUCAAAUAGAACAGAACUAAUUGAGGACAAAACAGUACCUCGAUAAAAUUCAUAAAUUCAGUCAAACUCGGAAGUGCAGUUUAUGGAAAUAAGUGAAGUUACGAUCCUGCUAUCAAUGUUUGUUAUGUUUGGAAUGAUUACUAUGCAAAUCAUCUCUCUGUGAAACUUUCGCAACCACAACAUUACCAAAAAAGGAAAAAGAGAAUGUUGAGAAGCUAGGACAUGGCACAUUUAUGUAACAGUCGACUAUUUGAGAAUCUUCAAAUCAAGAAAAUAUUUCCGAUCUUAAGGUUAUUUCUUUUUUCCUUUAUUCUUUCCUUCUUUUUCCUUUUUUUUCUGCGACGCCUUGUGCAGCUGGAACAUUGGGAGAAAAGGAAGCAGUUAAUAUUCCACAAGUCAUUUUAGAUUCGAUCCAAUACCGUCACGUAUGUUAUGAAAAUUUCGGUUUUUAGCUAGUGUUUCUGUCACUCGUGAGGAUCUUUAGAAUCAUAUCUCAUAAGGUUGAUAGUCACUUCGUAUCACAGCGCAUUAAUUACGGCUCAGAAUCUCGCUGAAUCCGGACUGAAAUAGAAUUCCAUCGUAUAUUUACGUAUAACUACCUCCAAGCAUUUUCCCUUAGUUUAUGGCUGGCUGGUUCACAGCUGGAAUAAAACACAGAUUUUUAAUUUUAAUCUGUUAAAACAGAUUAACAUGCUGGAGAGCGUGAAGUAGCGAAUGAAAAGAUCAUGGAAAAAUCAAUCUGAAAAAUCGAUAUCAGUGUCGCUUUGAAAUGGUGGAAUCAACUCUCUAUUGACAUGGGAAAAAUAGAGCAAUCUAAAUAAAAUGUGUAAUGUUUAAUCAUUCUCCGAAAGUUCCUACGUCAUAUUUCGGUCAUUAACGACGUGUGCUUGUCUAGAGCAGCCAUGAGAAUAUUGUUAUAAGCUGAAACAAGUUCCUGUAAAUCAUCAGGUGAAGUCAGGCACAACUUAGAAGUAGCCAAGUCCCUAUUCAAAGAGACCACACCGACUGAUUGUAAUUUUCGGUGGAAAACUUUCCGCUCUAAAAUUGGUGGCUUAUCAUAACGGAUAGAACAAAGAACUGCUGCAUGGUCGGAAAUAUACUAGCUAAUACGCGGUUUAUUCCCAAGUAACUGAUCAGAUUGACGUGUGAUGAUCAAGUCAUGGGUGUGGUCGCGUUUACGAGUGGGACUUGUAACAUGCUGUUGAAGUCCAUAUGACUCCAGUAAAUCCAUCAGUUUUAUGGCGUCAGUGUCCACUGCAUUAUCCAAAUGAAUGUUAAAAUCCCCAGAUAUUAAGAGUUGUUCCUGGCAGAUUACUAUAGACUCUAAAUAAUCAGCGAGCUCCGAAAAGAGUGUGCUGAUGCGAACCCUGUGCACAUUGAAUAAGGUGGUUGAUAGAGUAUGAUGACGCGGAGAACAGUCAACUCAGAAAACUCAAAAGAUUCUUUCUCGUCAGCAGUUAUCUUUUUCACAUGAAGUGAGUCUCGGUGAAGAAGAGCUGUUCCGCCAGCAAUGCGAUCAGUGUGUGGAUGGUCGCAAAACUUGUAACUUGUAGGACACAACUCAUUUCUUACUGCAUCAUCAUUUGCAUUUAGCCAAGUCUGUGAUUGCAAGCAUGUUCACAAAUUAUCAACCUCAUACUGUUGAGUGAUGAGCCAAUAAUAAAUGUCGAUAUUUAAGGGCAAUUUGCGAUUUAAUAGCUAUCAACAGUUUGUUAAACAUCGCAGUCACUGAAAAGAAUAAUUCGCUACCAAGGAAAAUUUGGAAAAAAGUGAGCUUUUUCAUACGGAAACGUAGAUCUCAGUCGAUAUUGCGAUUUUAGAACUACUUUGUUCAUGCUUGUAUAUUUUUCAAGUAUCAAGUUUUCUUUCAAAGAGUUUUUCUCUCUUUCUCUUAUUUUUUCUUCGUAAUUUUGUAGUCCAAUGACCAGAAAAAAGUUUGAUUUAUCAAAGUGCAUUGGGGGAAUCAAGAGGAACUCGACAGGACACGUGGUUGCUGCAGAAGCUACAUCUCUUUUGUUUGGAAUCAAAUUCAAUCCAAAACUAAAUGCAAAGGAAGGACGUUUGGUGGGUUAUUUUACACUUUUUUGUUAUGAGUGGUGAGAAAUACAGACGUACUUAAGUCAUUACAAAACGCACAACCAUUAUUUUACGUUAGACUCGUACCCCUGUUGAUUUAACUUUUAUCCCCUUAAAUUACAAAUUAAUAAUUAAAGAUUAAACCUUUUGCUGUUCAUCAGCAGAAAAUAUACCUUCAUUUGUGCAAAUAGUUUAAUCAACAGCGCGGCACUAUUCUCAUUACACCAAAGAUCAUUCAUUUAGACAAAAGUAGAAUCAUUAACGAUUUUAGUAUGCACAGUAACAUUCGAUAGCAUUAACUUCAACAGACAAGCGUCUACAGAAUUUGACAUGGAUCAGCUCCUGGGUACUCUCAUUUGCACAAGACUCAAUUAAACUCCAUGAGAAUAACUUAGAAACAUUUGGGCCAAUUGCCGAACAUUAUAGAGUUCUGCAUAAACAUCCACGUUCCACUAAUAAAUGAAGCAUUUUCACAAACAUUACGUUCUGUAAGUGGUGUAGAUGAACUGGUGUAGGUCCACCCUAUCAGUCAAACUACUCACACUGGUGUAUCUAUACUUUCCUUAAAUGAACAACAAAAGGUGUGAUAAAGUCGAAAUAUUUCUUUACAGGAGGAUAAGGUGGUCGAGAAAUGGGAAAAAGAGUUCAAUAAACUGAUGGACACGACUAAAACAACUAAUGCGAAGCUUUACUACAUGACAGAAGUUAGGUAUGAUUUUUUCAAACUUGUUGCCAAAAGUUGCAAGUUUUCCCUGUUGUCUGGUACAUCAUAAGUUAUCAAUUAAAUUCCUCCUUUCAAUAUACCAAAACGUGGUCGGAUUUAACUCGUGAAGCGCGAUUAUAAUGUCUUUUCGGUCGCUCAAAGGUGAUUACCGCUGGCUGAUCACUUUGGAGCCAACCAAUCAGCACGCGUGAAAAGCUCUAUUCACCUGUGUGGUAUUUUCUAUCAGACCGUAUAUGAGGCUUUAAUAACACUCUAUAGGACUCUUCUCUUCUCGUACCUUGUAGAUAUAGAGAAGAUGCAGACAAAAGUAUACAAGACGACAUUGUUCUGCUUUCUUGUGGAUACAUCCUUGUUAUUUUUUAUGUUUCUGUAAUGCUGGGAAAUUUUAGUCGCAUGAAUACCAAGGUAAGUGUUUCAUCCUCUAAUUUCUGUCUCUCAUCUUAGGCACACUUUAAAUAUGGUACAAAUCCGGUUAGAUCCUCUGGACGGGGUACCCAAAUUGAUGAUAAGGAUAAUUAACCCUUUCAACCCUAACAUCAGUAUGCAUAUUCUCCAUACUGUUCUCUAUACAUUUCCUAAGGUGCUGACAAGGAGAAUUUGUUAAACAAUCAAGAGCUUCUUGAGUUGGUAAUCAUUUCCUUAAGUCUCACGAUGUCAAAGUGUGAUUCAAGGAUGAUAUUGUUAGGAGAAAUUAGAUGCCAGAUUCGGAGGAAAACUUUUUAGGCCCCUUAGCCAAUUUUGCACAGUUCAAAAGAAAGCUAACAUCCUCUUAAUAGGGUCUCCAAUACGAUGGAAUCUCUGAAACAAUCUUCAAUUCAUUUUCUUAUAACCUACAUAAAGGUUUGGCUGGCGAUAUUUGGGGUUCUUUGCGUUGGUUUAUCCAUCGGUGUGUCAUUUGGAAUAGCAAGUGCAUGUGGAAUUUUCUACGGUCCAAUUCAUUCUACAUUACCUUUCCUUUUACUUGGUAAGUGUAGCUAGAUGUGAAUGGUGUCAUGUGGAUAUCUAAUGAUCAAUUUUGAUGGCGGGCUCAACACUGAUGGUUAGUUUAAAAAAGAUAUGGGUGAAGAGCAAAAAAAUCUCAAGCUGCAUGAAUUUCUCUUCGUUUCUCAAUGGUUUAAUUCAUAUAAAAUUAUAUUGGUGAAGUAUUUCUUCAGGCCUUUUCACUCCCAAGAGUGAAAAAAAAAGGAAUUUACCCUAACGAUAUCUUUACAUUUUCAAGCAAAAAAGUGAUUCGAGAAACGAAAAGUAUCAACUCAAUGGGUGAGCUUAAAUGAUAGGAAGUGGAUGGGAGACAUUGAAUACAAUUGAUAUUGAGAUAUUAGGUGUGAAAAGGUUAGAAUGUUUGUUCGCAGGUAUUGGAGUGGAUGACAUGUUUGUGAUCGUUCAAGCUUGGAGCAACUUGGCACCAGAAAUAUGUCAGACUCAACCGAUACAAGAACGAAUUGGACUUGCUCUGAAACAUGCUGUAAGUUGUAAGAGGUUGAAAUCCUGCAACAAAUUUUUUGAAUAGUAAUGUACACUUUCUAUUGGUUUACGGUAUAAUGGCCUGAGUGGAAUGAUGAGAGGAAAGUUUGUAAAUUACGAGUCGCGGACGAGUGAUCAACAGACUUGGCGCACUCUUCUUUCAAACAAUCAGGGCACGCGAAUAAAAAAAAAAGGUAUCGAAAAAUGAGAUAAAAACUGUGCGUUACGUUGAGUCAGGAAGCAGUUCCUAAUUCAAUCAGUGCCGAGUUGCGCAUGAUUGCAUCCAUUCAGCCAUAUUAUGUCGCUGUCUUGUUUCAGGGAUGCUCAAUCACCAUCACAACUUUGACGGAUUUUCUUGCCUUUCUGAUAGGAUCAACUACGGUUUGUACGAAAAUGUAUUCAAGAUAUUUGUAGUUUUAAUUGGUCUGGUUUUUCCUGGUCUCCUUUCCAGCUAUUUUAAGGGAUGUAAUUCAACGCUCCUCCAGGAGGGGGAUGGGUUGGGAGGGACGUAAAUGUCAAGGGAAAAUGACACGAUACUCUUCUCCUUAUCAGUCGACUUUUUUAAAAGCCUCUCAUAUGUUCUAAAUCACAAUUUAAUAAGCUAAUGAAUGUGCGGAAUGAAAUUUCUCCACGUUCUACUUUAAAAAGAGAUUGAGCGAACUUCUACCGUUGGUUUUCGUAAUCCAUUGUAUUUUUUACUUUUGCAAUGUCCGCACCUUUUCUUCUAGUCUUUUAAACCUCCAUGUUUCAAAGUCUCACAUGACCGUGGUUUUGUUACAUUUUACUGCAGAUUUUACCAGCACUGAGAUCAUUCUGUAUUUAUGCGGCAAUAGGUAAGUUAUUUUACCCAUACUCAGGGGAUUGGAUAAGGAAUCGACCAGUUAAAUAAGUAAGAUCCUACAUCAGCACCUUAUAUAACUUAGUGAACAUGUACGUCAAGUGAUCAUCACACUCUUUUUAACUUUCCAUACCUGAAAGCAGGUCAAAUGGCUACCUGGAACUACUAACGUUUCCACCUUUCAAUUUUUAAGAACCUUUAGCUCUUCAUAAAAAGAGCAAGAUGACGUAUACCUCAACAUCCUAGAGAUAUUUUGCUCAAUGGGGCACGAAAAGAUUGACCCAUACCGUUUGUAACUUUUGUAUGUAUUACAAUAGGUGUUUUGGCAGAUUUCAUCCUUCAAGCUACUUUGUUCACAGCGUUAUUGGCGAUCGACGCGCGCAGGUAACAUUCUGGUCGUAAUUGUUAUCUCUCACGUUAAGUUAGUGAAAUCAGAUUUGCUAACGUUGAAACAAGCCCCGUAAAUAAAUUAGUUUAACUUCACCUUUCAAAGAUCUGGGCCAAGUUAUCCUGAUAAAGGAGCGGACAACGCUAUCCAACGGAUAAAUCGCUAUCCGGUGGAUUAGUGAUAGCAAAAUCACCGGAUAGCAAGUUAUUCGUUGGAUAAGUGAUAGCAGAACGCACUACGUUGUCCACCGGGUAGAGAUUUAUCCAGUGGGUAGCGAUAUCCAAUCUUCGAACAACCGGAACCUGUACAUUUGCCUUCCGAACAUUUGGAUGAGCUUCUUCACUUUUUUCAAAUUGCAAAUUAUUACUGUAUCACUUACAAGGUGCUUUUCCCAAGAUAAUGUCUUUUGAGCUGAUCAUCCUUACGUGAUCGUUAAGGAACAACCAACAUUCAUGUCAUAUGUGAGGGGCAAUAAUGCUUGUUAUUUGGUCAAGAGAAAAUAUGCAAUCAUUUUAAUCAAUCAUACGCAAAACGUAAAAUCAAUCAUGCUUUCAUCUUUACCUUAUCCGCUUUUCGGCAAUUUGCAAUUUUUUUUUCGGUCUGAAUUAUCUUUAUAAUAUUCUUGUAGUAAUACAUAUCUUAUGUUACAAAACUUCCAAUUUAGAACUAAGUUACAUUGUACGUACUAACUACAAAGAUCAUUAUUUUUAAAUAUUAACAAAAUACCAGUUACAAAGCUAGGUCAUAUUUAAAAAUUAGGCGAUUAAAAUAGGAGUUCUUCUCUCGAUCCGUGUUUAAUUUUGGCCGGUGACUAGAUUUGUGUCUUGGAUUGUACUCUGUGACCUUCAGUUUACGUAUCAGGUUUCUCAGAGGAUAUCUCUCUUGACGUUUUACCUUGUCGAAUAUUUUCCUAUCCUGAUUUCUAAUAAAUAAUAGAAGUUAACCGCCCUAGAUAUGUAUCUCCGCUUGUGACACCGGUCCAGAAAACAUUGUACAUUCGUAAGCUCUGCAUUAACAGCACUGUAGACCGAUGGACUAUCGGUCAAAUUAGGGACACCUAGACUUUGGUUUCUUGUGCCAUCGUCCUCUUCUCUCUCUUUUAUUUUGUUGAAAUACAUUCUUAGUACCUCCUUUGGGCUCAAACAUUUCAUCCAGAACUGACUAAAAACUAUUCUUGUUUUCUUGUUGAUAAAGGCAAAAGAAAAAAAGGGAUGGCUUUUGCUGCUGUUGCAUAACGCUACCAGAUAACUAUCAAGAGAGCUCCCUUGCAAAAAAAGAUUUUCUCAAAACGAGCAUGGACAAGAUUGGAGCAGCUAUGCUGUCUCUUCCUGGGAAGGUUAUUGUGAUCGUCAUAACAGGAGCCCUGUUUGGUUUUAACCUCUAUGGAGCAAUUAUGCUAAAGCUGUCCUUCGAUCAGAACCGCUUUUUGCCUCCUGACUCUAUGUCCUACAAGUAUACGUUUACCAACAGAAAGGUAAACUCGCAAUCUUGGAUAAAACUGUCUCUACAUUUUCUGUCAUUACUUUUCUCCCCUCUGCAUCACAUUAUUUGGGAAACCUCAGCUCCUCUGCCUUAAAAUCAGCGUUGAUUAGCUUACAGAGCCUACGUGUAGCUGUACCCAGCCCCGAAAGGUGAAACAGAAUCGCAUCUGUUCAUCUUAGGAGGGGAGAGGGUACGGCUACACGGGCUAAGCUUAUAAUGUGUGUUCUCCCAUUUCAACAUUUGAUGAGGGGAUUAGGAGAGGUGCGGGAGGAGGUAGGCAUGUUUAAGAUAAUUAGGAGAUGUGAGCUACGUUUAGCUCAAAGUUAAAUGUUGUCUCAACAUGAUUUUUUUUUUCCUUCCUUUCUUCACUUCCUACCUAUUUCCUUCCUUUAGUUAACUUUGUAAUUGAAAAUUGGUCUCGAGGUUUGUCUUUUGAGAGUAGUGGAAUGUUUUCAAGCAAUUCUUUCCGAUCAUUGUUUUCAAUUGGAAUAAUCGCAAAAUUUUUUGUUCUCACAUUGCAGUAUUUUCCAGUAAACGGGGCCCCAGUGAAGAUAUAUACAGGUACGCUUAGCAAGGGGUUUUUAAAAAUUUACUUCUAUUUUCUCUUAAAAAAAUUCCAAGAGAACAUUACAGUAAAGUGUUUCUUAUUAUGAUCUGCUACAUUUGCCUUGAUGUUAGAUUAAGUUUUUCUUAGCUUAAACAUGGUCGCAAGUAAGAAAAAAACUUUGUGAGUUGAGGAUCACUUUAUCCCAUUUUGCGUUUAUUUUAUUUGAAAAAGCCGUUCCCGCCAGAAGAGGUUUUUAGUUCAUUUCAUGAUUUUCCUAUGGAUUUGACUGCUAACUUUAAUUUCAUGAACUGGACUAGUACAGAAGCGCAUUAUGUGGAUCUGUUAACUAUUUCUUUCCUCAGGAAAGUUCGAUUACUUUAAAGAACAAGAUAAACUUCACAGGGUCUACGAAAUUGCAGUCAGUGACAAAAAAUAUAUAGUUUCUAGUUCUAUAAACAGCUGGUAUGAAGACUUUGUUAGCUGGGCUAUUGACAAGAAACCAGGAAAGUUUAUCCAGAAAAGUAAGCAUAUGACAUAUUGAAAGCUAAACAAUGAUCUAAGUAAUCAGAGGACAAGAAACUUUCCCAAACAGAUAACAGUAAUUUACUAUGAGCCACGCAUGGAAAAAAUUGAUUAUAAGAGAAAUUAAAAUUGUAGAAAAAUUUUCGAACGUGAUUUGUUAUUUCAAGAGAUUGUUAACAGUUUAUAUUCUCUUGGUUAUCACCAAUCCCAUCUGAACACAAAUAGGGAAGUGUACACGUCAUGCCUAUGUUAUUGGACAAUACGCAUCUUGUGCGCACUUGUUGCGCAUUUCACGUCCAAGUUAACUGUUGUUUUUCUCGGAAAACGCAUAACUGACGGCCAGUUUUUUUCUUGAAUUAUGUCAUAGUUUUGAUUAAUUUGUAACAGGACUUUGAGCAGAUACUGUCGGUUUACAUUCUUGUUGACAGAUGUGCUUUGUCACAGUGUAAAAGAAGUCUUAUGUGAAAUCUCUGUUUUUAUCUUUCAAGGGAGGAUCACCAAUGAGACAUAUUUUUAUCCAUGGCUGGGCGAGUUUCUUCGUACUUCUGGUCUCAGUUAUCAGAGUGAUAUCAGGACAAAAAAUGGGACUGGUCAGCUUCCACUACAGAUUCUGGUAAUACUUAACCAAUGUUGCUAUACGUUUGUUCACUUAUAGCUCACAGAUGAUAACAAAAUGUGGUGAGAACAAAAAUGUGGCACACGAAGCACAGCCGAGUGUUACUAAUGGUCUUACCUCAUUUUUAACAUCUUCUGUGACUUAUUUCUCAAUGGACCCACAGCGACAUGGAAUCGGUUUGCUUUUUUAUAAGAAAGAAGCAGGAUACAAGCAGUGAUGACGUCAUCUAUGCAUCCGUUCUCCAAUAGAUCAUAAGUAAGAACCAAUCAAAACGCGAGCGUAAUUCAGCUCAUCAUAUACGGUGAAUAAGUUGUGGUAUCAUCUCCUUUGUAAAUUGUUCUCGCAGAUUGUCGCACUUAUCAAGUGCGAUUGCUUUGUCAAAAAUUUGCAUAUGAGGGGAAAGAAUAUGUUUUAUCAUGGAUUAUAUAUCGCGUUUCUCAAUUCUCAAAUGCUUAGUUUUAAAAGUCAUUUAAAAACGUAUCUUUUUAAACAAGCUUAUAACUAUUUUAAAUUUUUUUUAUGAUAGAUGUGUUUAAUUAUCUUAGAAUUUUUUACUUAGUUUGUUGCGCUAUAUUUUUUCGCUAUCCAUUUUUUUUAGCUUUUUAAUAAUCUUUAAUGUAAGGCGCCGUGGAAAAUUAGUGGAUUUGACGUUAUAUAAAUAUUUCCAUUUAUUUUUAUUUUAUCACGUUGCUCUCAGCUACAGUUGAUUUUACAUCCUCUCAGCCAGGAGGAUGUUAUCCAUUAUUCACAUAAAUGCUCUCACAAUAGGCAUCUCAGAUACGCUUGAGGCAUAAAAACUUGGACUCAACGCGAGAAGAAGUGAAAGCAAUGGAGAAUUUACGAGACAAGAUUAAAACCGUGUUUCCAAAUGACAGCCUUGGAUUUCCGUUUUCACCAUAUUACUUUACAAGUGAAACAAAUAAGGUACACCUUUUUGGCUGAGUGUUUUGCACAUACAGUGACACCUUCAUCAAGCAGACCGUACAUAAAAAGAAACUUUGAAUACCAGCCUCAGCAACUCCCAAUUUUUCCCCUUUUUUUUCUGUUGAAUGAACCACAAUCUCUUCUCUAGUUCAGCGAACAUACAAUAGCAGGGGUUCGGGUACUUUCUGCUCCAACAUUUAUCCAUAUAUUUAAUUAUGAUAAGAUUCAGUUAAGACUCACGACAGUUUGAGUUUAACAUUUUCUCAAAACGUGACUUCUUCAAUUCUUUUGCCUAGGUUCGUGAACACAAGUAGGCGGUCAAACUGACUUAUCACUUCCAUAUCAUGAAUAGCCCUUUGUAUAUCAGGAAAGCCAUGGUUGACAUUGUUAUUAAAUUAUACGGCAAAUGCUCCAUUAAUUUUCAUAGCAACACCGAAUGUUGAUUGGAAAUUCAUUUUUAAAUCAUCUUGUACUCCUGAAAAAUUGCAGGGGUACAUCGCUGUGUAAACUUGCAUGUCAGUAGUUGAGUGUAUAAGCAGAGUGAUUUGUUUUCAUUUACUUAGAUUAUUUCAACGGAGCUUUACCGAAACAUGGGCCUGGCACUUUUAACAGUAUUGGUGGCUACUCCUGUUGUGUUAUCAAGCUUGAGGACAUGCUUUUUAGUCUUUUCCUGUGUUGGAUUUACAUUGGUGAGUUGUAAAAUUGUCUUGUUAAUGAUGUUGCAACAUUGUCAUUAUAUUUAGCUGUGGAUAUACAACAAGCAGUAGUGGUUGUAGUAGCAGAAGUUGAUGUUGUUAUUGACAAUGAUAAUGAUGAUGAUGACUUUGAUAGUGAGGGUAACAAAGGUACUUAAAAUGGUAUUAAUAAAAUGACGAAAAUUCUUAAUUGCUAUUGAAACAAGUGGUUACUAAGAGGAAUUCGAGAACUUUUAUUUUGUUUGUCGAACAAGUUUCUGAGAGGUCAACCAAUCGCUCUGACUAAUGCUCGAAAUGUCAGCCUUUAAACUCUUUUGGUAAAUUUACGUUUCCAACUCAGUUUUUACACUAAAUUACCUGUUAGAGGUUAACUAUGACUAUUUUCUGUUACCAUAAUGGACUUAAAACACUUUGGCCAUUUAACAUUACUUUUCAAAAACAGGUUGGAAUAAUGGGAACAAUCCAUUUCUGGGGUCUGACAAUUGAUAUUGUGACUACCAUGUUCCUUGUGUUGGCCGUUGGAUUGUCUGUGGAUUACUCAUCCCACAUUGGACACACUUUCAUGAUAACAUCUGGUACACGAAAAGGUAAGAUGAGAAAAACAGAUCCAAAAGGUAAAGGUAAAGACAUUACAUUUAAAUGUGGAAAAGCAAGGUUAAGUACUGCUUUAGAUAAAUAACGCCCAAACAAAGUCACCGACACACCAAUGACACACCACCGACGCAUCUUGUACGUUUUAAGGCCAACGUGUCGACCAACGCGUCGGUCGACAGUCGACCGAUAUUGGUCGACGCUUUGGUCUGUGCGUUGGUAGGAUCGGAUUCUUUAUCCUUACCGUUUAACUCUCGAAAGUGGUUAACAUGUUUCUUCUUCCUGUAUUAUCCAGGAAACAGAUGAUGAGAAUACUCAAACUUACCAACUAACACCAAUUUCUCUGCACUAAAUUACAAGGAAAUGUGUCGCAGCUAAAGCGGAGAAUUAAGAAUCAGAUCUUAGGAGUUAAACGGUUAAACCACAGCAUCAGUGAAAUUUUUUUUGUUAAAAAAAUUGGGUCAGUAUCUUGGUCGGUUAGUUCACUUUCGUUAAUUGUGAGCGUAACUUUAAACUGAUAGAGGAACAGUGUUAAUUUUGUUUCGUUUUGCCACUCAAACCAUGACAGCCAAAGAGGGAGGCAGAAGUGUCUUAGGUCACAUGUGAGCCACAAUCUUGUCGAAAAAAGUGAUAACUUCUCACUAUAAUAAAAAUAUUACAUGUCUCAAACUCUAGACACUACGAGAAAAUCCUGCAAGAACCUUGAUUAACGACUUUUCCUAUAGGUUUAGUCAAUAUUGUGCUACCUGAAGUCUAAUGCCUAUAAAAUAAUGUUGGCUCUGACUUAGUCCAUCGAACAGUAAUUUUUGAGAACUUUUUUGCUAAUAUUAUUUUCUUUAAGAACGAGCGCUGACCACCCUACGUGACAUGGGGCCUGCAGUUUGGAAUGGUGGCUUUAGUACAUACAUAGCUGUUGGCCUUCUGGUGUAUUCCAAAUCUUAUGCGACAUUGACUUUCUUUAAGGUAAGAAAUCAAAGUAAUAACUUUCAAUUAGAGCGCUUUUCGACUGAAUCUCGUCAUCAGAGCUUAAAAAAGAUCAAAAGUAGCCAAUGAUGGCUUGGAGCAAAAAAGAACAAACUUUCUUACGCAACAAAAUGAAUGCUAGCGACCAAGUCACAGUUGGUUUCCGUUUGCAUCUGAUGGCUGAAAAGGUUGUGUAAGUUUCAUAGGCCACAGUAGUCAAACUUGAAUUCACCAAUUUGCCAUUUUACAAUUGUAUACUUACUUGCCAAGCCUUUGAUUUGAAGUGAGGCUGAAGUUGACUAUGUUGUGAGGGAGACCAGUAUCUAGUUAGCAUGAUAACAAAGUCAUUUACAUUUGAAAAGCAGCAAUGUUUGUAUCAUAACAAAGUCACCCUUAGCCUCCUGUUCAAAGGCUUGGCAACCAAGCACGCAACUGUAAAAUGGACUAUUCUUAUUGAUCAUCAGGUGUUUUUUUGUGUUGUAUUUUAUGGAUUAUUCCAUGGCCUGUGCUAUCUACCCGUAUUGCUCUCCCUGAUUGGACCUUCCCCAUAUGAUUCUUCUGAGGUCAACACAGAGGAGAGUCCAUCAUCCUCAAAGCCUGAUGACAACACUGAUUGUAAGGGAGCCUAUUUCAAUCCUUCACUGGAAACAAGCACAGGAGAUCUGUUAAAUGUUGGUGCUCAUCAGCAAAAGUCCUCCCUUGUGUUAAUUGAAGGUAAAUGUAUAAGAAGUGUUCACCAUUGCAAGUUUUCAAAAUCAUUGGUGACCCUAUAUAAUACAAGGCAGUUUUAGCUACUGACCACCUGAUAAUAGUAUUUUGGAUUAUUUUCAUUACCUAUGAGGAAAUAAGCAUCUGUAUAGGUACUUAAAUCUUUAUUGAACCAAGAAUCAAAGACUUCUGGCAACAAACCUUUGGUAAUUGACAGCUUAACGGACGAUUGACAGGUUCGGUAUGGAGCACAGAUAAUUUUGAGAUGCGUAUAGUGAUUGUAAAUAAAAUAUGCUUAUACUGCUGCUAUGUAUUACAUCAACCAAUCAACCUUUUAACCUUCUUACUCUGUGGAACUUAAUAUCAGCUUUUUACACUCUGUGCCAGUUAAACUCUUAAAUUUCUAGUCUUUAACAUUUGGAGUAAAAUAUAAAAAAUGCUCGAUGUAACUGAUGUUUUCUAUCUUCUCAUUCUUCAAUUUCAAGCAACCACUCAUGUCUCAAAAAUGUCUGUGCUUCAAUGUCCUAAUCAAUUGUUUAGCCAGUAUGCAAGGUUCUGAUAGUUGCACUGGGAAGUCUUCCCAUUAUUCCCCAUUGCACUCUUAAAGCAUAACAUUUAAAAACCUGGUGACUCUCAGUGUGCUAACAUUUCUUUCUUCUUCUGCUAGAUUUGGAAUUGCCACAACAUUAGUUCCUGAGAGUGGAUUAAUAGAAGGAAAAGUAAAUGAGGAAUUUUUUUCAGACAACAACUAUUGAUGAAUAUGGAGUCUUGAAAGGAAAGACAUACAUUAUUUAAUUACUGCAACUAUUCAAAUUUGUCAGCAGAUCAAAAAGAAUUGUUCUAGAAUGAAAAAGGAAUUAAGAACCUUGAAAUUCUGUUCAUCAGUCUAUGACAACUAAUAUAAUAAGAGCAUUUAAAACAUAAUCAUCUACUUGAUGAUAAUUUUUGUUGUAAUUUAUUACAUCAAUUUGUAUUAUACAGCUAGAACAUACUGCCAUUGGGUUAAUUUCUUUAAGCUAACUGUAGAAGGAAGAUUAGAUUAAAAAACUGAACUAACAACUGAGGGGAUGAGUAUUUUGCAACUGCUAUAUUCGCUUUAUCUCACCUCCGGCUAAUUUUAAACUUGUACAGUUUUCUAAUGUUUUGGAACUUUUCUUUCCUUUUUCCCCCAUUAUUUGCAAAUUAUAUGAUUGUCUUCAAAUAAUAUAAAUUAUUACAUUUGCAUAAUCCAUGCAUUUGAGAAUGGAAUUUUAUUGAUCGUGUAUAUUGUUAAUAUGUAAUCACAUGAUUUUUCUUGUGCAAUUUGGAAUAAAUAAGUACUUGUAAAUUUUUUCAAAGACCACAAACUGCACACGCCCUACGAGUUUAUGCAAUUUUGUUAGUCUUUGAAAAAAUUUACUCGUGCUUAUUUAUUCCGAAUUGCACUCAAAAUCAUGUGAUUACCUAUACUAAUUAUAACGUCAACGUGUAUUGUAACAGUACAUAUUGCAUGCUGUGUGGGUAGUGCAAGCACUUAAAUUACCGAUCAAAUUGGAAAAUCAACCAUGCUGCUUUCUAAAGAGCUCUGACAAAGGUCUAACAUUCGAAACAUCAGCUUUCAAACUCUUUAAAGCGGCUAAUUUAUGUCAUCGACUCGGUUGAUCAUACUAAUUUACCCAGUUAAAAGUCUAGUUCCGAAGUUUGGCCAAAAGGUUGAACUUGCAACAACUAACAAUAAGUUUAUAAAGUGGCAAGGUUGUGUAUUGUAAAUUGAAACUACCAGAUUCAUACUCCACUACUCUUUCAAAACAAUUGGCUAUAUGUACACUGGUUUUGUUUUACAGCUGUUAAAAUAAUUAUGUAUAAAAAAUAAAUGACACUUUUUAAUAACAUGCUGAUUGGACAAAACAAAUAAUAAUGACAGAAC